UACUGGUGAUGUUUACCAUUUUCAAAUUAUUGCAAAUUUGCAAUUCGUUUGGACUUAUAUUAGUUUAUAAGUGAAUUGGGUGAUAUUAUAAAUGAAAAUACAAUGAAUUUAUUUGAUUUAAAGGAGCCAAUAGCGUAUUUAGCUGUUGCAACUACUAUUUUGCAAUUUUUAUCGGGCAUCUUAGUCUGCAAGCAGUAUGUCGCUAAUAAAACUACUGCAGAGGCUUCCUCCUUUCCUUUUAUUGCCGGCGUUUUAUCGUGUGGGAUUUGGUUGCUAUACGGAUUGACGAAACGCAACGAUAAAAUAGUUACGGUCAAUACAAUUGGUCUCGUGUUAAUGAUCUCAUAUUCGGUCAUAUUUUAUUUUUACACAUUUAAAAAAUCCGCAGUAUUGAGACAAUGUACUUUUACCAUUAUUUUCUUCCUUAUAUUAUUAGGAUAUAUUUCUGUUGAAGAAGAUAAUGAAAAUCUUGUUAUUAGACUUGGUACCCUUGCCUCGUCUUUUACUAUUGUAACAGUGGCUGCACCCUUGAGCAAACUGUUGCAUGUGAUCAGAGUAAAAAGCACAGAGUGUUUACCAUUCCCAAUGAUACUCAUGUCCCUAUUUGUUUCGGCAUUUUGGUAUCUCUAUGGUUAUAUAGACCAGGACCUAUUUGUUGCGGUUCCAAAUUUUAUUGGUAUGGUUCUCGCAAUGGUCCAGCUAGUUCUGUUUUUAAUAUUUCCCAGCACUUCUCAUUCCUCCAAACAAUGUAAAAGUACUAUAGCUUAAAUGUUUUCAGCACAAUAUUUAAUGAAAUUUUGUUAAAAGACAACAUAAGUUAGGUGUGUUCAUAAUUAAAUCUCAAGAACACCGAUUAUUGUCGAUGAAGAGUGUUUUUUUUACUUUUAAUUCAUAUUUCUUCUUUAUACAUGACAUGUAUUUCAUAUAAAUUUGUGGAUAUUUACACUUGUAAGCCCUAAAAUGAAUGUUUUAAUUUGAAUUAAGCUAAUGCUUUUAUUAAUAUGGGAAAGUGACAUCUACCCCAUUGUUCGGUGAAAUUUGCAUGAUUAACAAUAUCCAAUUAAUACCAGUAUUUCUUAGGUUGUGCUUCCCAUAAAAAUGUCUACCUCUUAUAUACUUUUGUUUAGCACAAACAUUAUAAUAUAUUUUUAAAGGAUUAAAAGAAGGCAUUUGUGAUAUGUUCCUACUGACUGCUCAACUCAAUAUAUAUUUAGGUUUUGCUCUUGUCAUUUAAAUGUUCUAAAUCCAAUAGUUUUCUGAGAUUUUAUUAAACCCAAUAUAGACUGAAUAGUUGAAUUGUUCAGUCAAAACUGUCAAAACUAAACAGCUUUGCAGUUAAUGCUCUCUUUCUUUAAAAUAUUCAACAAAAAAUUCUUAGCACUUUAUAGUACAAAGUAUAUCCAAUAGUAAUUUUUUUUACUUAUUAGAAUAAUGACAAAAAAGACUAUUUGUUGAUCAGUUCCUGGGUUUUUUAUAUGAUAAAUAUCUCUGCCAUUGUAUUAAUAUAUGAAAUUACUUGGAGUGACAUUUACAGUGUCGUAAAUGAAUAAAUUUUAUUAGUAUUAUGAUGA